AUGAUACAUACUGAGUUAGAAGAUGUUUCUAAUUCAGAUCUUAUGCAUAGAUCAUUAAGAGAGGCACCGGACAUUGUGAAAUGUGCUAAGGGUGCAUACAUAUUUCUUCAGAACGGUCAGGAAAUAUUUGAUGGAUGUGGAGGUGCAGCAGUUAUUUCUGUUGGUCAUGGUAAUUCUGAAGUUAUACAAGCAGUUUCAAAACAGUUAUCAGUAGUUUCUUAUGUGCAUACGUUUGAAUUUACAACACCAGUAGCUGAGAAGUUAGCGAAUAUCUUGCUAAAAGGUUAUAAUGGUAAGAUAGCUAAAGUAUAUUUUGCAAAUUCAGGUAGUGAGGCUAAUGAGGCAGCAGUUAAAGUUGCAGUACAAUACUUUUAUGAACAGGGUAAGGCUUCUAAAACUCAAUUUAUUUCUCGUAAGCAAUCAUAUCAUGGUAACUGUUUAGCGGGUAUGUCUCUAUCUGGUCAUGUCUUAAGAAGAAGACCUUUUGAGAAUCUAGCAAGUGAUAGAUUCCACAAGGUGAGUGAAGCGAAUGAAUAUAGAGGUAAGAAGAACGGUGAAUCAACCAAUGAAUAUGUUGAAAGGCUUGCUCAUGAAUUGGAAGAGAAAAUAUUAGAGAUUGGAGCUGACAAUGUUGCAGGUUUCUUUGCGGAGACAAUUGUGGGUGCAACCACUGGCUGUAUUACAGCUCCAAAAGGAUAUUUCAGGGCAAUUCAGAAAGUCUGUGAUAAAUACGAUGUUCUUCUAAUUGCUGACGAAAUAAUGUGUGGUUCUGGAAGGACUGGAACAUUUUUUGCUUGGGAACAGGAAGACUUUGUUCCUGAUAUAACUACAAGCGGUAAGGCUCUUGGUGGAGGCUAUUCACCACUUUCAGCAGUAUUUAUGAAUUCGAAAAUUGUAGAUGUACUUCUAAAUGGUUCUGCUUCGUUUAACAAUGGCCAUACAUUCCAGUGUUACCCAUUAUCGUGUGCAGCUGGGAUAGCGGUACAAAAAAUCAUACAAAGAGAUAACUUGCUACAAAACGUAAAGAAGAUGGGCAGUUAUCUUGGACAAAAACUUAUGAAAGAGUUAGAAAGGAGCAGAAUAGUCGGAAAUGUUCGUGGGCGUGGGCUAUUCUGGGGUAUAGAGUUUGUGAAAGAUAGACUGACGAAGGAACCAAUAGACCCUUCUAUCCAUAUUGGUCAACGUAUCCAACAAAAUGCUCUAAAGAAUGGAUUGGCUGUUUAUCCGGGGUUUGGGACGAUUGACGGGUUAUCUGGGGAUCACAUUUUAAUUGCACCUUCGUACGGUAUAACUCUGGAUCAAGUCGAUCUUAUUGUUCAAAAAGUGGCUGCAAGUAUUUUUGAAAUGGAACAAAAAUACUGUCCUUGA